CAGCUGUCACAUUCUCGAAGUGUCCACCAGUCGCAGUCGAAGGUGCGCUUUUCUCACGGUUCAAAACAUCCCGAAAAACUUCGCAAAAUGAAGGCCCUGAACAACCUGGUGCUCAGACGGACCUCCACCUACUUCGCCGGAAUCGCCCUGAGCGUGUUCUUCUUCGAGCGCGGCUUCGAUCUGGCCACCGACACCUUCUUCCGGUCGUACAACAAGGGCAAACUUUGGGACGACAUCAAGGACAAGUACGAGCAGUAAAAGGCGGUGUUGACCUUGCCUAUGUUUAUUACCGAAGAUGGCUAAAAUAAAUCUAGAGAAAACCUAACACAAAA